AUGCACCUGUGCCAGCCCUGCCUCUUCGGAGGAGGGUCCUUGGAGGAGACCGAGCAGGAGCCACGGGGGAGGCAGGAGGGCACCCAGGAGAGGGGCAUCAGGGGAGAACUGGUCAAGGGCCAUUUCAGGAGGACAGAGGGGUCCCCAGAGUCUGACUCAACGCUCUUGAGCAACCCUGCCUUUGACACUCCCCAUGGGCCCCAGGAGAGGCCAAGAUGUUGUCAGGGAGAUGGAGAAACCAUUUCUUCACCUUCAGGAGGCUUCCCGCUCCCACUGCCCAGCAAUCCCGUGAGGCAACAGCAGGGGCUGAGGCAAGUCCAGCUCACAGCCGGGGAGGAGAUCAGGGAUGGGGCAGGUCAGGGAGACGUGUGGUUGGGCCAUUGCAUCAGGCCCAGGAGGGACAUAAAGGACGGUCCUGCAUGCUGGGAGGAGACCGACUUGGGGACCAUGGAGACUCAGAGGGCCAGCCUCGCCCUGGGGCGGUGGCCACUGUGGCUACUGCUGCUGGGACUAGUGGUGCCCUCGGCCAGCGCCCAGGCCCUCAGCUACAGGGAAGCUGUGCUCCGUGCUGUGGAUCGCCUCAACGAGCGGUCCUCAGAAGCUAAUCUCUACCGCCUCCUGGAGCUGGACCCACCUCCCAAGGCCGAUGGUGACCCGGACACCCCGAAGCCUGUAAGCUUCACAGUGAAGGAGACCGUGUGCCCCAGCACGACCCAGCAGCCCCCGGAGCAGUGUGACUUCAAGGAGAAUGGGCUGGUGAAACAGUGUGUGGGGACAGUCACCCUGGACCAGUCCAAGGACCAAUUUGACAUAAACUGUAAUGAGCUUCAGAGUGUCAGGAGAAUUCGUUUCCGGCCUCCACGUUUGCCAAGGCCAAGGCCAAGGCCAAGGCCACACCCGCCAAGGUUCCCCUUUCCAAGGAUUCCCGGAAAACGGUGA